GUUCUUUCAAACUUCACCAUCACGUAACUACACAUGAUCAUGGCAGACCAACCUCCAAAUGAGCCUCCAAAUGGAGCCCCUUCCAAGUUCGUUCACCAAGAUGUCAGCAAACUCGGCAUUGCUUCAGCAGUGCUGAAAGCUAUCGUUGCCGCCACAGGCCGCGCCUUCGUCUCCCCCUUUAAAGGCCCCAACGGCGCAAACACCUACUUCAAAGACGUCGCCCUCGCCGCCUUCCGCACACAGCUCGGCAACCUCAACCUCGCCCAAGACCGUUACGUAACCAGCACCACAUGCACUCCCGUCUACCAUCAAUACUGCAUCAGUCACAAAAUCACGCCAGAUUCCAUCACCCUACCCAGCGGCACACAAGCACACUGGCUCGGCAGUAAGGAUGCUCAGAAGGUGCUGAUAUAUUUUCAUGGAGGAGGCUACGUGCUACCUUGCACAUCAGGGCACCUUCUCUGGCUGGACGAUCUGUGUCAGAAUCUGGGACAAGAAGUGAGCGUGUUAAUACUGGCAUACGAUCUGGCGCCUGAGUCCGCAUACCCAACGCAACUGCGUCAAGCCGUCGAGCUAUUGCGAUAUCUAACCGAGACCGAGGGCCGGAAUCCCGCAGACAUCAUAGUAGGCGGAGACUCAGCAGGCGGUAAUCUCACGCUCGGUCUGCUCUCACAUCUGGCACACCCACACCCCGAGAUCGCGGAGUUGAAGUUGAAUGGCAGGAUUCAUGCAGCGAUGCUUAUCUCGCCUUGGUGUAGCUUGACGCAGAACCAUACUCCGGCACACGUGAGAAACGCAGAAAGGGACAUGUUCGACUCCCGCACACUUUCACGCUGGGCUGCUGCUUUCCUCAACUCCACAUCUCCCUUUGCCGGUGACCCUUACUCCGAGCCCGUGCUUGCAACCCCAGAGUGGUGGGAGCCUGUUGCUGACGUCGUAGAGGAAGUGUUGAUAUGGGGCGGCGAGAAUGAGAUCUUGAUUGAUGGGAUUGAGGCGUUUGCGAAGAAGUUUAGUCAGGGCUUCAGAAGGAGGGGAGGACAUGUGGAUGUUAUUGUUACCAAGGGUGCGCUGCAUAUAGAGAUGAUCAUUGAGAGAGGUUUGGGGUACAAGGGGGAUUCCGGGACGGGGAGUAAGCAGGUAGUUGAGGAAUGGGUCAAAGCAAUGCUGUGAGAAGGCAUUUAAUGGGGUGUAAGUUCUACAUACGGGCCAUGUCUUGCGGCUACCUUACCCAGCUAUCAGAA